UGACUCAGUCUCGGUCUUAACAUGGUAUGAUCUCCGCAGAGUCUUGGUGUUGAAAUUUUGUCAUCUAAGAAUCUUACACUUGACUUGGUCUCGUAUUGAUUUGGUCUCAUGGUCUUGGUUUUGACUAGACAACUCUACACUAUCCUAUCCUUUAAGUACAUCUGGGAAAAAAACAACAACAAUAAUGAUUUGUAUGUUUGUGAUUGGUCGAAAUGAAAUUGGCUAAUUUAAGGUGUUAUUUCCGCUAAUAUCUUAUUUCGGAAAUUAGAGGGGUCCCGUUCUUCCAAUCCUCGAGGACAUCCACUCUCCUUCAUCCUUACAGGACUUCCUUAAAUUUCGGCAUGGCCGAACAACAGCCACAGGCUCUGCAAGACCGUGCGGGAUGUUUUAGGAAGUUGGUACGGACCACUGUGCUGUGGUGGACCCGGUGGCCCGGCGUCCAUGCUGCCAUGGCAGCCUGAGGCCUGCUCCCCAUACAUCCCUGCUCGGGCUCUGUUGAUCCUAUUGUCUCUCUGCGUCACCACACGUCGCCCCGGCAAAUAAAGGCUGUCUGGCUCCAAGCUUAAACAUCGCAGCGAACUCAAAACCAACCAUCAGAGCCGAUUCAUUCACAUCUGCUCAGUGGGGCGACAAGGACAGGGCUUUAGGUGGGAAAGAGGGCAGAAAAAAGUUCACUUUUCCCUGUCGGGUGCCAAGAGAACGGGACAGGACUCAACUUCGAGGGAGCCGCAGCUGUGUGCUACGGACCGAUCAUGGGUGACUGGAGCUUUCUGGGAAAUAUUUUAGAGGAAGUCAACGAGCACUCUACGGUGAUCGGCAGGGUGUGGCUCACGGUUCUCUUCAUCUUCCGCAUCCUCAUCCUGGGCACGGCGGCGGAAUUCGUGUGGGGCGACGAGCAGUCCGACUAUGUGUGCAAUACGCAGCAGCCCGGCUGCGAGAACGUGUGCUAUGAUGAGGCCUUCCCCAUCUCCCACAUCCGCCUGUGGGUUCUGCAGAUCAUCUUCGUGUCCACACCGUCUCUGGUGUACGUGGGCCACGCCGUGCACCACGUGCACAUGGAGGAGAAGCGUAAGGAGCGCGAGGAGGCAGAACUUAGCCGGCAACAGGAGCUGAGCGAGGAGCGACUCCCGCUGGCACCCGAUCAAGGGAGCGUCCGCACCACAAAGGAGACCAGCACGAAAGGAAGCAAGAAGUUCAGACUAGAGGGCACCUUGCUAAGGACCUACAUCUGCCAUAUCAUUUUCAAGACACUCUUUGAGGUGGGCUUCGUGGUGGGCCAGUACUUCCUGUACGGCUUCCGCAUCCUGCCGCUGUACAAAUGCAGCCGCUGGCCCUGCCCUAACACCGUGGACUGCUUUGUGUCUCGCCCCACAGAGAAAACGGUCUUCAUCAUCUUCAUGUUGGCCGUGGCUUGCGUCUCACUCUUCCUCAACUUUGUAGAGAUCAGCCACCUGGGCCUCAAGAAGAUCCGUGUUGUUUUCCGCAAGCCGGCCCCUGCCCCGGCGCAGGGCGAAGGCUCGGGCACCUUGCCGCCGGGGAAAAGCCUCCCUCCCUUGGCAGUGUCCUCGUUGCAGAGGGCCAAAGGUUACAGGCGGCUGGAUGAGGAGAAAGCUCCCCCUAUAACGCAACUGUACCCGCUGUCGGAGGUUGGCAUGGAAGCCGGCAGGGGGGCCCCACCCUUCCACGGGCUGGAGGAGAAGGCCGAGGAGGAGCUUCCCAUGGGGGACAUCCCCAAAGCAUACGACGAGACUCUGCCCUCCUACGCCCAGACCACUGAGACCGGAGGGGUGACAUUGCAGCAGGCGGAUGCGGCCAAUGAGCCACCGCCAGUGGGGGUGGAGGGUGGAGAGUGGCAGGGUGCCAACGUGGAGGUGGAGGGGGCGGUCACCACGGAGGGAGGAAGCGCGGUGGCCGAGGCAGGGAGGAAUGCGUCGGAUACGAUAGAGGACAGCAGACCUCUGAGCCGACUGAGCCAAGCUAGCAGCAAGGCCAGAUCGGACGACCUCACUGUAUGAACAUGUGAGAGUGAGCAGGUGCAUGUACCACUGUGCACCAUAACGACACCUGGGAGAGCACACACACGUACACACACAGCCCUCAACGGACAUUUCAAAGAAAUUAGUCAGUAAUAUGAACGGCAGACCUUCGCCAAGGCUUUAUAUUGCCUGCCUGAAUUUUGCCAUUACGAUUUUUCCCCGCAAAAUUAUGCAAAUGAAUUGAAAUGAUGGAUGGUAUUAUAUAGGAACUGUUAUGAAUAAUGACAAAAGAAACCCUGCACCUGAAUUCAACUAUUUCCUCCUUGGUGCAUGCUCCACCCUUCCAAAAUUCAAUGGAUUUUUUUCUCUCCCUAAUCUUAUAUAAAAUAAGUAGUCAUUAAAUACAUUGGCGGAGGUAAACAAAUCAACAUUUGAAAAGUACAAAUUAGGACAAUAAUGACAAGUGUUUGUGUCAAAUAUGAAACAAAAAGUGUGUUCUUGGUAUUCAAAAAUUGCAGGGCAGACAUGUUUUUACUUGACAAAAAAAAAAAAAAAAAAAAGAUACUGUAUGUUCCAUUUUGAAGUAACACCUUUUUUAUCUAAGGUUUUAAUCACAUGAUGGAAGUUUAGAAAUUUAUACAAGCUGAAGACAGUUUCAGUAUAUUUGUGUGUCUGCCAAUCGGUAACUUUGCUGUAGUUCAUUUCCCAUUCAAUCAGUGCCAUAAUGCGAGUGCAUGCCACACAGACAAGUGCCUACUUUUACAUUUGUAUACAACGUAUGCAGCUUUUUGUCACCGGCCAAAGUCACAUUUUCGGCGUCAAAAGGAGAACACCUUUUUGCACAUGCAGAGGUUCAUACACUGUGCGAGGCUUUUUUUUUUUUUUUUUUUUUUUUUUCCCCCCACCUCAAUGAUGCAUCUCUUUACACAUGAAUCCUUUCAAGUGCACGCAUCUCACGUUUAUCUGGCAAGUAUUGAGGGGCGGGAAAUAACCUUUUGAAAGACCACAUGCCUGAAUGUCUUUUUCAAUGUGAUCCUGUUCAUCUCUGUUCUAGAUUUGUCUGACCUUUCUGCAUAGAAUGUGUUGCGAUUUUUGAAGAGAGCGGGGCUCAUUUUGCCCCAUUAGAGAAUGAACUAUAGAGCCACCUCAGACCAAAUCCUCUCUCUUUUUGCGCUGUACAAACAGGCGUGUGGCUGAUAAAGAUCUUGCCCCAUCAGCACAAAGUAUUGUCGGGAGGCGGGACAAUAAAAGAAACGGGUGGCCAUCAAUGAAAACAAGCAUCCUUAACCUCGUUUGAGGGGGCUAGACAAAUACUUAUACCAGAAUACCAAAUACCAGAGGGGAAAACACCAAAAGAUACUUUUGCCAAAAGUCUGAGAGAAACGUAUAAAUAGUGGCAAUGUCAUGUCUCAUAAUGUACAAGUUGUACAUACUGUGCUGUUUUAGGUACUUCACUGUCUAGACUGCUUACACAUUUGGUAUAACAAUGUCAGAAAAUAGCAAGGAUACAUUGUGGAUGCAAUUUUGAGAAGCUAAAAUGUGUCAUUCAGCAGCAAGAAUUAAGAUAGACAAAGCAUCAAGCCUUAACAUUUUACCUGUUGAAACCAUUUCUUGUGCCUUUUCUCGAAAUAUGUGAACUUUAUUUAAUUUUUGUUGUUGUUGUUGAUACAGCGACACGACGGACCCCUGAGAAUCUUGCUAUUUUGAUUUUUGCAUGCGAAAUCUGAAUUGAUUGUGAAUCUAAAACACAUUUAAAGUUGCUUAUGCACACACAUACAUGCACACGCACGCAUACACUUACAGGGUAUGACAGGCAGCUUUGACCAUUUUGUGAGCUGUCAAAAAACCUAAACAUAUUUUAAAAAUAAUUGUCACAAGGUCCUUGUUUACACCUAUAAAGUGCUGUGACUGCUAAUGUAUGACGACUGUGUAUUCUAUUUAGACUGUUACGUUGCUUGUGAUGUUUGUAAG